AUGAUACUCGGUAGGUUGAGCGGCAGGGCAGUACUGACGCUCGCUGGGCAAGACACUUUCACCUUUCUUCAAGGACUUACAACGAGUGACAUAUCAGUUCUUAAUAAGAGUAAUAACAAGCUACUGGGAACGUUGUUUUUAGGGUCCGACGGCAGGAUACUGUCAGAUGGACUUCUUUGUCGUCACGGGGACAAGUUCUUGGUGGAAACCGGAGUAGGAAACGUAGAUAAUCUCUCAAAACUAUUCUUACUACGUAAGGUGGCUGCCAAAAUCGACUAUAGAGUGGACCCAACUUGCUUCGUAUAUGGAUAUGUCCCUAGGGGACUAUCGUUCCUGCUGCCAGCUGGAGCAGACAUGACACCAGUGGGCAAUAGGGCGCCUAAGUCAUCAGAUUAUAUAUCAAAUAUCGCCUUAUUGAACAGACGGUACACAUUCAAUGGGCCCACAGACGGAGUGCAGGACCUUACUGAGGUGUACAGGUUGCACUUGGCCCUGAACGGGUUCGGAUUACCGUUGGUAAAAGAAAUUAAGGGCCUAAAGAUACUGCCACAAGACAUGUUAUUGCACAAAGUUGGGUUCGUAUCGCACAACAAGGGUUGCUAUGUUGGCCAGGAGAUUAUGAACCGUGUUCUUAAUGGUACAUUGACACACAAGUACAAAAUGAGGUACGUGAUACGCCGCGAUCACGUUGAUGCGCGAGAAGAUGAGGCAGUGCAGUCUCCAUAUUUUGUUGCCUGCGUAUUAUAUCGCACCCUUGCUGACCAGUUUGGUGACGCAAAGGCAGCAAGCAUUAUUAGCAACUUGGUGAAUGGUGACGUAAAGGAGAAUCCUAAUGCGGAAUUUGACUCCAGUGUCGUUCGAGUAAUAUAUUAUUCAACCGGUUUCGGUCUAGCGUUAAUUCCUCAGAGAAGAACCGAGAAUCGUGAUGUUUUGAUAGACGGCCAAGAGCACGUAUGCCUUCCUGUUCAACUUCAGUUGAACUAA